AUACACCAUACUUAUCAGUUUAGAGCAAUUCUGAACGUCAUCCCAAGAGACUCGAGCUAAUUCAGCCUUGCUCUGCGAUAGAUCGAGGUUCUACUUUUGUCAAAAUUCAGAGGAGGAAUCCCGCCAACAUCACGACGAGGCAUUUCCCUUGUAUGCGAAGUUUUUGUUGGAAACUGCAACUCAUCACGUACUAGGAACGCCCAGCUCUGACCAGCAGAGAAGAACGGAUGUGAUUUCACAUCGACAUUUACCGGAUGCAGAUCUUGAAUUCCUUUCGCUAAAACUAAAGGGUCUUUGAUUUGAGUUUAUCAUAACGCGAUUUUUUUACGAAUACAAGCCUAACGGACGAAGCCAAGGGCCGGCUUAGAGAACCAAUACGACAACUCGACCUAUUACGACGGAAUUAAGCAAUUAGUCACGCCGUAUCACGUGUGGGAGCUGUUUCAAAUUUGAUCAGUGAACUUUCUUGGAAGGCAGUUAAUGGUGGCAAUUAAGUCUCUAUAUAAUUAAAAGAGUCUCGUCUUGAUCAUUCUACAAGCUCUUGUCACUUUGAAGGUGCAGAUAGUUUGAGGACAGCACAAGGCUUCAUUUUGGACCGAAAUUGAAGACGAUCGUGCGACGGUAUUUUCCCAGUACGACAUUCUGGUUGAAACAAACUGAUUCUUGCCACGUGUGUUGCUUGAAGAGAAGGAACAAUUCUUUCCAUGGCGGGGUACUUUGGCCAUGUUCCAUCUUAUCCGAUAACUACUCAUGGUAUGCCAAUGACACCGCCCAACAUUGAUUUCUUUAAUCAUAUGGGUUCUAAUUCCUGUGCUCAUCCAUCAAGAAAACAGCGAAGAGAACGAACUACGUUCACCAAGAAUCAACUCGAAGUCCUUGAAGAAUUGUUCGCUAAAACUCGCUACCCGGACAUCUUCAUGAGGGAAGAGGUUGCUAUGAAGAUAAAUCUACCUGAAUCUAGAGUACAGGUUUGGUUCAAAAAUAGGCGUGCUAAAUCGAGGCAGCUUGAAAAAUCCUCAGAUAAUAAACAAAGUGGCGAGAAAAAGACAACACCGCCAACAACUCCUACGUCUCCACCAGCACCAGUCAGCAACACUAGCAGUAAAGAAUCCCAACCACCAAAGAAAUCGAGCCCUUCACCAUACGACCUUCCGAGCUGUAGUGGAAACUUAUGGCACCCAACRGCAACGACUCAUUCAAUGUUACAAAACCAAAACUAUCCACCACCAGUGCUGACCAAUACCUCAGGUCCAGUGUUUAUGCCACCACCACCUCCUCAAGUUCCGUACCAUAGACCGGUAGUGUCGAAUCCUAACUGUUCGUAUAACAUGCCUUCGCAUUACAUGCAUUCUAAUUCACAGAUGGGGAAUAUGUACGGUCAAGCGCACAUCUAACCAUCCCAGUUCGCUAGCUUUUGCUCUUGAUUUUGUACAUAUUGUCUGCUGGAUGAAAGUUGGCUAUGGUUCUUAUUGGGUGCUUUGAGUCAUGUGAUUAUGUAUCACGUGACAAGGGUGAUUGCAAGUUUAUUUAUGGAUAAGUUUCGUCGAUUUAGAUCGUUGUCGGGAAUUUAACUGAAAAUUCGUACAUACAAGUACAAUUUUUGAACUUAUCUCCUCCAUGUUGACCGUGUCCCUACUUUUCUACCGUUCUACAUGCAGAGGACUGAUUUGUUUUCUCAUUGACCAAAAUUGAUAUCGACUAAGAUACAGACUGAAGGAAGGCAGCUUUGGUAUGUGGUUUUGCUUGAAUGUAUCUUGGACUGAAAAGGCAAUAUAGUGAACGAACAAGUGGUCUUAUCUUGGACUGGACUAAACAUACAAAUAAAAAACUUAUGAGAAAUAUUACUUCGUUAAUUUAAAGCUUAAUUUACCUACAUCUUAAUAUUAUAUUUUUACUAAAUAACGACCUCAAAACAUCAUCCAUUCUUGAUUUUCGUUUCUUCGCAAUUCAAGUAAAAACCUAACGUCAAAUUCUUUAUGUUUGUAAUUGCCUUAAUACUGUUGAAUUUCAAAAGCAGUUCGUCGAAUUUGUUUAACUCGUGAAAGAAAUAUAGAUUGAAAAUAUAUGGUUGCUUAGGCUUGAAGUUAAAAUUGUAAAACGCUGGAUAUCUUCGGUUUGAUCAUGAAAUCAAGAAAUUAGGAAUGAUGUUAGCUAGGUUGGAGCUGGGUUAUAGCACUAACACGAGCAGCUUGAGUAUUCGAGUUGGAACUAUCUAUUUGUUCUAACAUGAAAUCCAUUGUAAACGAAAAAUAUCACGACUUUAUGGUCUUAAAUUUCUUAAACUAGCAAAUGUGUCAAAUUCUGAAAAAGGUAUCAAAAUUAAUUUUUAAGGCCUACUGGCGUACUGGAAGGUUUUGCACGGGUCCAAAUUAAAGCCCCGCCGUGAUUGGAUGACGAGAAUUUUUCGGUUUUUGAUUGGUUGUAAGUGGAAAGCCAUUUUGUUGCUCAGUCAUUUAUUUUUUUUGACUCUCGUUCUUGACAAAAUUACCCUAAUAAUAAUUUAUUGGUAUUAUCGUGCUUACAAUGUCUUGMGGAUGUCGUUUUCUACCCUUUUUCUUGGCUGUUUUCGCUUAGCUUUACUGAUGGAGGACAAAAAUGGCCCGUUUUCGCGGGAUAGCAAUUUGCCGUACUUAUGCCAUGCGGUCACUAAACCAAAUACCAACAGCACUGUGCGAAUUCCCUCCGACUUUUCACUAUUAGGAUUUUUUUUUCUUUGCAGUUUUUCUGAAGGCUAGCUUAGUUUCCAUUGAGCUUUUUCUUGUAUUUUCAUGUUUUUAGAGUUGGAAAACAUGAGUUUUUUAAGAGGGUGCCAAUAGGGUCGAAUGUCAGUUAACUGUCAUAAUUAUACGUGCGCUGGCCAUAAUAUUAACCAAAAAAAUGAAAUAUCAUUUAACUGUUAGUGAAAUGUCAUUUAACUACUAUUUUUUGGCCUAUUGUCAGUUAAUAACCCAAUUGGCACCCUCUCUUAAGUUUUCUUGGUGAUUUAUUUUAAAUUUGUUUUCUCUACGUUUUUUGUGGUAAAAAAUACUGUGUUAUUUCAAAUGCCAUUGAAAUUAAUAUGACUCGUAAAGAAAAACAAGAAAAAAACUAGUUGAAACUAGGCUAAGCGAGCGGGAUUCCUGCAUAUCUUCUGCCCUACCAAACAAGUCAACCAACCUCUUAGAGUGAUCUUACUUCGACCAUGAAAGAAUAGUUAUACAUAGUAGAAGACACAAAUUUAAAUUUUUUUCUUUCGUCUUACUUUGAUUGUUAUUGUAAGAAAUCGCACGAUUUCGAGUACAUGUUUUGCGAGUCCAAUUUGAGAACUUUCAAAACAUCACGAGUAUCUAUAAAUUCCAAAUUGUAAGAGAAGUUUGUGCGAUUUUUUUGUUUAUAAUACGCUCAACAAAAUUGAGCAAGUUAAUUGGGACUCUACAGAGUACAAUUUGGGAUUURAUUGUACUCCUCUUGUCCAAUCAGAAUCGAGUAAUUUUGUUGAGUGUAUUAUAAAUAUACACUAAAUAUACACUCGCAGGUGAAUUAAAGUCGCUAAAUAUUGCGUAUCCCAAUUUUUAUUUUAGUUUGGCUAUCAAACUAUGGCAAUCACAAGUUAGACAGACUAUUAACAAACCUACAGAAUUAUCUCUUAAAUGUAGUUAUGUUCUGAUUUUUAGUUCAGAUGAUUUUUUCUUUAAACAAGAUAUUGCUUUACACAGGGCGUUAUUUAUGGCAUUGAAAUGUAAUGUGAUUAUUAGCUUCGCGAAUAUAUAAUUAUAAUAAUAUCUAGAUUAUCUCAUCGAUUAU